AUGACAACCAACGAAACACCCAGGCAAUGUCUUCCGUUAACAUGUCAUGGCCAUUCUCGUCCGGUUACUCACAUUAGUUUCUCUGGUCUUGUUGGGGAAGAUGGAUAUUACAUUAUUUCCGCAUGUAAAGACAACAAUCCUAUGCUUCGUGAUGGUAUAACAGGUGAUUGGAUUGGUACCUUCUUUGGACACAAAGGUGCCGUAUAUCAGGGUCGACUCUCUCCUGAUGCCUCGGUUGCUGCCACAGCUUCUGCUGAUUUCACUGCCAAGGUAUGGGACACAUAUUCAGGCGAAACUCGCUACACCAUUCAGCAUGAGCACAUUGUCCGAGCUAUUGCCUUUCCGCCAGACUCUGGAGAUCUGCUCGCAACUGGUGGUAUGGAGAAGAAACUUCGUAUUUUUGAUAUUUCUCGCGUCAACACAAUUUCUCCUCCGACCGGAAACGUUGCAAAUGGAAGCAACAGUAAAGCUAAUCGAACUUCAAUAAAUGCGGAUGAGGGAUUUGAGGUAGGACCCAAUAUUCAUAAAGGUACUAUCAAGGCAAUCGUGUGGACUCGAGAUCCAAAUGUACUUGUCACAGCUGCCGAUGAUAGAAUUAUUCGCUGGUGGGAUUUAAGAACCCGUACAGUUGUACAAGAACAAGAAGUUCAGGGCAUUAUUGGUUCCUGUGAGUUUACCAAUAUAAAACCAGAGCCCAAUGAUAUUGGAGGUGGACUCCCUGUCCUGUGCAUCGCAGCCGGAAAGACCGUAUACUUUUAUGGGGGUUUCAACGCUCGAACACUUAUAAAAGCUGUAUCUUUGCCCAUGGAAGUGGCUAGUGUCGCACUCAGCCCAAGCCAUCGCAAAUUUGUCGUAGGCUGGCAAAAGGAAAUAUGGACAAACGUCUAUGACUACGAUACUGAGAAAGAGUUGGAAACUAAUAAAGGCCAUCAUGGUCCAGUAUGGAGUAUUAGUUACUCGCCUGACGGUAAGUUGUAUGCAACAGCAAGCGAGGAUGGAACCAUCAAAAUGUGGAAAAACACGCCAGGCUCUUUUGGCUUGUGGCGUGCCAGUCAGGAAUAG